AUGCUGCGCAUCACACUGCUCUCCGGGAAAGAUGUGGCAAGCCUUCCCCUCGAGGAACUUAGCGAUGUGAAGGCACUGAAGCAGCGAUUGUACGAGCAACACGGCCUGCCGCCGCGCUUUAGGCAGAGGUUUCUUCACGAGGAAAACACUUUGGAGGAUGCCGUCACAUUGGCUUCUGUGAUGGAAUCACAGGCAGGUCACGGGGACGCGACUUUGAGUGAAGCUGUCAAUCCGGACGCCGUGAUGGAUCUGCGAGUGUUGAUCUUGGAGUUCUCCGACGUCUCUCACGGCCAGCGGAUACAGCUUACUGACGCGGCCAGGGCUGGCAUUGUGGAUGAGGUCGAAUCUCUGCUGCAGCUGCCCAUGGACCCGGAUGCUGUGCUCAAUGAGGAUCUCCAUACGCCUUUGAUGCAUGCAUCUGGGAAUGGCCACGUUGAUGUCGUCCGACUUCUACUGGAGGCCGGUGCCCAGAAGGACGCGCUCGACUGCGACGGCACCACUGCGCUGAUAUGGGCAGCACAUGACGGUCGUGAUGCAGUAGUGCAGGUUCUUCUUGAGUCCGGUGUUCAGACGGAUAUUAGUGACUGUAUCGGCUGGACAGCGCUGAUGUGUGCGGCAACAAACAGUUUUCCUGAAAUCGUCAGGUUGCUCCUGGCGGCCGGUGCUCGCAGGGAUCUCUGUAGCGAGACCGGCCAGACAGCGCUGAUGCUGGCAGCGGACGAAGACGCGGAUGCCGAAGUCCUCCGACUGCUGCAAACGGUCGCAGAGGAUCCGUGA